UGGUGGAGAGUGGUGGCGGUGUAACUGACACAGCGCUCAGCCAGGAGUUCCUCACUGCUGAUGGUGACGGGCGGAGGAGAAGAAGGCGUUGAAGGAGUCAGCAGUGGCCGGGGACUGAUAGUUCCGAUAUAGUCUUGUAGAUUUAGUCGUUUUACGUUUAUCACUGGAUCCUCACAAACCCUGAAAGGAAGAGAAGGGGGAGAAAAUACGCGAAGAUGGCGGCCGCGGCCUCGCCGGGCUCCGGCUCGUCGCCGGGCUUCGGCUUGUCCGCAUCCUCGGACUGGAUUGUAGUAAGAGACGGUUGCCUGCGUUGCGACGAGGAGGGCCUUCGGAGCCUCUCCUACCACCCGGCCCUCAACGCUAUCUUAGCCGUCACCAGCCGUGGCAGCAUAAAAGUGAUCGACGGCACGUCGGGGGCCACACUCCAGGCUUCAGCGCUGCACGCUAAACCCGGCGGUCGUGUCAGGUGUCAGUACUUCCCCGCAGUGGACAAGGUGCUUUUUGUGGAUGACUAUGCUGUGGGAUGCAGGAAAGACCUGAACGGCAUCCUGCUCCUGGACACGGCCCUCCAGCCUCCCGUGGCCAAGCCGGAGGACAUGGUUCAGCUGGAGCUGCCGGUCACAGAG